AAAAACGUCAUUGUACAUGAGAGACAUGAUGUGCAUUUGUGUGUGAGCGUUUUCUUGAAAAUUUAGCGAGAGACUUCACAACGAACGAGUGGCAACAAAAAAUAUGGAAAGAAGAGGAGAUAGAUACUCAACAGUUCACUUAGUGGUGGUAGUGGUCACAGAGUGGUUUCUGCUGUUUAAGGCGAUAAUGGUGUGUGGACUAAAUUUUAUACGAAAAAUUUAAUAUCUAAUACAUAUUUUGUAUAAAUUUAAUAUAUAGUAAUUUGGCUAAAAAAAGUUACAUAAAUUGAAGGAAAAAUAUAAAAUCAACAUGUAAUUACGUAGAUGCUUGAAAAAUACACAAAAAUGUGAUAUGGAAAAGAAAAAAUGUCAAAAGUGAAAUAGAAAAUAACGUUGACAGUGCGGAUCAUUAAAAACGACGAAUUAUGGCAUUCGUGUAUGUGCGUAUAUAUAUUUUCUUUCCGACAAUAUUGGCGAGCAACGGUGAAUGUAACGAGUUGAUUUAAUAUUGAUCGUUUUUAAAAACAGCUGAGUUUGAUAUUCGUUGUUGCUUCCGAGACAAAAAUUUUGCUGUUUGGUUAUAUAUAUUAAUUUAUUUUGGUCGCCAUAUACACACGUCAGAGAUAUAGCAGCAGCAAUAUAGCAGAGGAAACACACAAACAACAAAGUUUUGACGUUUUAUCGGCCUUUUAUACCUUAGAAGCAACAAUAACACAACAACAACUGCAGCACAUUUACAGCAAAAAAAUAUCGUCACAUUUGUUCAAAAUAAACCUAUGAAUAGAGUAAAUCUACAUACAAAACACGUCCAAUAAUUGAAAUAAAGCCAUACCAUAAACCAGCAACAACCACAACAUCGUCAUUCUUUCUCAUCUCAAGAGUAUUUAAAAUCUAAAAGGCAAAAGAAGAGAUCAACAAUUCAUAAAAAAAGAAACAAAACAAGUAAACAACGACGAGAGUACGCAUCAACAUCGCAUCUAUCUGCUAAAUACCAGAAAUUGCAACUGAUAUUACUUGGAGAGAAAGAAAAUUCUGAUACCAAAUACUCGUAAUUGAGGAAAAGACAUGGAAUUCAACAAUUGCCAUUUGAUGGGAUAUCAACAACUGUCCUUAGUCCUGUGUUGAUGAGAAGGAAAAAGACGACAAUUCAUACAGUGUAGACGAAAAUAGAAGCUGAACAAAACGUCCAUAAUAAUUGCCAAGUACAUAGCAGCAGCAGCAGCACAACUUUCCCCCAACCAUCUUACCAUCAUCUGCAAAACCGAUACGAAUGCUUCCAGGCCCACAUUCGUAAAGGAGCGACGUGAGUCGCAUAUAUAUGCAUUCUCUACAUCUCCACACAUGAAGCCGCAAAAACUUCCUGAAAAGAAAAACAAUUUUAAUUUAAAGAAAAUAUUAGUGUCAAACACAUUUUUUUUAAGAAAAGACGAAUUGUAGACUUUAGACUAUUUUACUCUUACACAACCGCAAACAAACACCUACCUACUGUACACACGCAAAAAAGAAAGAAAAACUGCAACAAAAAGGUGAAGCUGAUGACAUUUUACUUCCAAGAUUAAGAACCCACUAAAACAUCUUCCCUUUGUACAGCAAACAAACCUAUAUUUUUUGGAUUGUAUAUAUUUAUACACACACACACACACACAUAUAUACAUAUAUAUAUUGUAUGCAUCUUUUGUUGAAUUGACUGAAAUAUUUCUGCAAGUGGAGAGCUCUAAACAAGUAGGAGAGAUACUACAAAAGUUGUAUAACGCAUUCAACUAAAUUAAAAAAAAAAUAAUAAGUCAUCCACACCAAUUAACCAACCAAGUAACCUACCGUUGUGUUAAUUUUUCCACAUACCGACCAACCGCCGUCAUUGAACACCAGAAUAAUAUUAAUCAUUUAUACGUCCCUUGCGCCUGCGUCUUACGCUAAGGCGUUAUGACAAAUUCGAUUGCGUCCGGAAAAUGCCCGCCUGUUUUAACGUCCGGCAAAUAUGGUAUGUCACAGCAACGCAGCAUUAUCGAUGAUUCCAAAGAGUAUAUAUUUGUUAAACUUACCGAUUCGGCAUAUCGUGCAAUUGAGGAGUAUCAGCGCAACAAACAGGCAAAACGUUUACAAGCAGGACAAUGUGCCAAAAUACAAUUUAUUGGCAAUGCUGGAGUUAUACAAUUCCCCACAGCUGAGGGCUCGAAUGGACCGGCCGAUGGCCGUAAAUUUGGUUUUGCUAUUGACGAUGUUGAGGGUUCUUUGGAAUGCAUACAGCAGGCGGGUGCGGAUUUGGACGUCCUGGGCGCACUCAAUCAUCGUAUGCGUAUACAUGCCAAUGAUGAUGUUUACGAUACGACACGAACAAAAAUGGCCAUUGCCGAGGAGACGGAGAAGAGCAAGUGUAUACGCGAGAUCAAACCCAAUCAAACAGAUAUUGGACGCAAGGUGAAAAGGCCUGUGUCGGCUGCCUCUUUGCAAGCAUACACAAAUGGUGGCAGCAGCAGCAACUGCAACAACAACAACAACAACAACAACAACAGUAGUAGCAAUAGUAAUAACAUAAUUAAUGGCAGCAGUAGUUAUUUAAGCAGCAACAAUAACAACAGUAGUAGUAAUAACAUUAGUCGUAAUAAAUUAUCAACGCUCAAUCAACAUUCACCACCUGGUGGUGGAACUGUCGGCGGCGGCAGUCGUCUAAUAUCAUCGAAUUCGAAAUCCUCUCCGAAUCCCUCAUUAAUGGGCGGCAAUGGAACUAUUGGAAUUGGAAACAGCAACAACAGCAAUGGAAAUCAUCGUUAUGGCGGUAGUCCCUCAAAUUUCUCCUCCUCCAGCCUGCCACCCUUUGCAUUAUCUGUUGCCAAUAACAACAGCAGCACCAAUGGCUAUCAUCAAAAUUCGUCAUGCGGUAAUUCGCCGCCAGGUUCUGGAGUUGCAGCAACAGCGGCGGCGUCAACAAAUCAGCCAAAAAAGGCACUAGUGGGAAAUAACGGUAGAAAUUUGCCAAAUGGUUCAUUGCUUGGUGGAUCUAAAAGCUCCUCUAAUGGUGGCCCAAAAGCCUUAUCGAACGGCAACGGUGGCGCUAAAGUGGCCGAUGUGUCGAGGCGAAAAAUACGCGAACGCCUUAUACAUCUGCUUGCAUUGAAGCCAUUUAAGAAGCCGGAAUUGUAUGCCCGAUUACAGAAUGAGGGACUGGCCCCCAAAGAACGCCAACUUAUAAGUAACAUACUCAAAGACAUAUCGACAUUAUCGCGGGACAAUACCUAUAAUUUACGUCGUAGCAUGUGGAAUGAUGUUGAUGAGAAUUGGCCGUUUUUCACGGAGCAGGAAAUACAACAAUUAAAAAGACGAAAGCCUCAAAAUCUAACUCCGCCCAACAGCUCCGAUGCUGGCAGUUCGAUAUCUGGACAGAGCCCAACAUCAUCUACGCACACGGGAAGUCCUCCGCCUGCUGCUGCAUUAGCGGGCAGCAAUGGCCUCCAUGGCUUAGGAAGCGGUGGUGGCUUAAAACGUGCUAGUCUAGAACCGGAUUUAUAUGAUGGGACUUUACCCAUGGCUGGGCAAAGUAAGAAGCAACGCAUAAGCCAUUACAAGAAGGAUACAAAUGGCAUAAUGCUCCAUGGCACUAAUGGAUUAAGCGCUGGCGCUAGAAUGGCCUCUGGCAUCGGUUAUAAUAAUGGCAAUGCUGCUUUCAAUAAUCAUCGAACAUCUUCGUCCGCCUAUUCGCCACACAACUACAAUACUGCAGCAGGCAAUACAAAUGGCAAUGAUGAGAAUUCUGGUAAUUCUGAUCUAACAUUUAAUGUGCUCAACAAUAUGGAUGAUUUUAUACAGCAACACACUAACGGAGAGCAGCAAAGUCAUGGCGUCAGUGGGCUCGUGUCACGUAGUAAAACUACGUUCAAUAGUAAAACUUCCUCCAACGCUAAUGCCAAUGGCAAUAGUGGUAACAGCAGCAGCAGUAGUAGUAGUACAAUAGCAACAACAAUUACAUCCUCCCAAUCCUCCGCCUCCUCCUCAGUGUCUUCGAAAGAAAAACGAAAUUCUAGUGGCAGCACUUCCAGUUCAAGUGGUUACUGCAGCAGUACUUCCACAAAUCGUGAGUUAUCCGCCAUGCGCCGUAAUAAUUCUCCAACGCCAUAUGCAAAUAAUUUUGUGCCUGAAACCAAAACUUCGUCAAACUCUAGUAAUGGUAAUAGCAAUAGAUACCAACAGCAGCAACAGCAAAGGCAACGCCAAUCUUCAACAUCCCCCCCUAAUAAUUAUAACAACCAUAAAUUUAACAACGGUGGCAGCCUGGGCAGCAGCAGCAGCCAAAGCCACAGCAAUAGUGUCAUACCAAACACGAAUGAAGACUAUCACCACAACAAUAACCAUAAAUCAUCAUCAUCCUCCUCCUCCAACUCAACUUCUGGUCGUUCCCGUCACCACUCUUCCUCUUCGGGGCGGAAUGGUGUUAUUGACCAAUCAUCAAGUAAACACUCAAGAUCAUCAACCCCUACACAGAAACAUUCUAGUAAGCAUAGCAAUCACAACAACAACGGCGUACAGAAUAUCAAUACCAACAAUAAUAGUGGUCCAUAUCCGUUACUGGCAUCUUCGUCAUCGUCAUCUUCGUUGUCGUUGUCAUAUAAUGACAAUGCUCGUACACCACCCCAAACUGCCUCGCAUUCUUCCCAGCAACAACAACAGCAACAUCCAUCGCCCACACAACAAAUUGCCGCAGCUGCCUCUAGCUUCUCUUUAACCAAUCCCCCCUCAAAUGCAGGAGAUGCACCUCGCUUUGAUUUUAGCAAAUACACGCCCAUAACAAGCAUUGAACAGAGGCGACGUUACAAGACUGAAUUCGAAAAGAAUUACGAUGAAUAUCGCAAACUAUUGGCACAAAUCGAGAGUGUUGGCUUACGGUUUCGUAAAUUGGCUGAACGUCUGAACGAUGUGCAACAGGGAUGUCCGGACUAUUAUAGCAUUAAGGAUCAGAUCGUGUCUGAAUAUAACCGUAUACGCAAAGAGGAGGCCAUCAAUCGUGGCAAGGAGCGUUUCGAUUAUUUACAUGAGAAAUUGGCUCAUAUCAAGCAAUUGGUAAUGGACUAUGAUAAGAAAUUGACAAGUGGUAUUGCAACAGUACAACCGCAAGCGCAGCAACAGCAACAAGCGCAGCAGCAUCAACAAUCUACAGGGUCAGCGCUGCUGCAACAACAGUCGUCAUCAUACCAUAACAGCUCGAAUGGCGCAACGACAGCUCACUUAUCACCAAUGCUGCAGAGUAGUGGGGAAAGUAAUCAUUCACCUCCGCUUAUGGUAAUGAAUGCUAGCAAUGGUGGCGGUGUUGGUGCUGGCGUUGGAGCCGGUGAUGAUGUCCUAAUAAAUGUGUCUAAUGGUAAUUGCCUACCACCUAACUCCACGUUGUGCGCCAUCUCCUCCUCACUACACACAAAGAGGAGUUCGAAACAUCAUAGUAGUAAGCAGCAACAAAAACAGCAACAACAUGUUGAACACCACCAGCAGCAACAACAGCAACAAUACCAACGAGAACACUAUGAACAUGAACAUCAUGAGCCAGAAACGAUACAAAUGGACGAGCAGCCGCCGCAACAGUUAACGUAUAAUGCAAUGAAUUGGCAGGCGAAUGCAUACCACCACCAACAGCAGCAGCAGCAACAUCUACCCGCAAAUGCAAUGCCAGAUAUAAAAGACCACCACCAACAGCAGCAACAUCAGCUGCAUUCUGCAACGGCAUCUCCAAUUCAUAACAAUGAUUCGGACUCUGAUAGUGAUUCUUCAUCUUCCUCCUCAUCGAACGAUGAUAAUUCGGAUGAGGAUAAUUCUGAUGCCUCAGAUGAUGACGAUGAUGAUGAUAACUCUGAUGAUGAUGAUUCCGAUGAUGACGACGACGAUGACCAAUGAUCAAGACCGUAGCUAUGACCCCCCUUUGUUACUUGUAAACCAAUGAUCAUGAUGAUAAUAAUGAUGACCGACCGACCUGACCUGACCCGACCCGCAAGCAAAACAAACAAACCAACAACAACACUUAUUAUUAUUAUUACUAUUGUUCUUCAGACACUACUACUACUACUUCUUUGGUUUAUAUGUGUAAAAUACUUUUUUAAUUAUUAAAGAAUAAAUAUUGCAUAACUAGAAAAAUUCAAA